AUGACACUUGUAAGGCCGAGGCCUGCUUCUGCUAUUGCGCGGGUGGUCAGAUCGGUAGAUGCGCAGAGGUGCGAGGAACGGAGGUGGGGUGAGAGGCAGGUGGGCUGUGGUGAGCGAGCACGGCUCGGCCGGCUGGGUUCGCAGCUGGGCCGGCGUCCUGCGCUGGGGGCGCCGCCGACCGCGGCCGCCGGGCUGCGCCACUCGGCGUCCUUCUCGUGUCUGCCGAGGGGCGGCGUCGGCGCCGGCGCGGCCGCGGGGGCGGGCGUGGGAGGCCGCGGGCCGCACCGCGCGCGCACCGCCACGCUGCCGUCGGCCGCCGCCGCCGCAGACACGGACUACGGCUUCGUGACGCGCCGGGCGCCGCCGCUGCUCGAGGAGGAGGACGACGAGCCGCCCCCGGCCGCCGCCGCCGCGGUGCGCAAGAGCGCCAGCCUGCUGUCGCCGCCCGCCUGGUGGCGCCGCCACCCCUGGGCGCGCUGA